AAAAUAGAGAAAUAAUUGCACGUGUGUGUAGUAGUGUAUUUUACUAAUCCAUAAUGUGUUAUGAUAGAAACGUACCCAAGCAAAUAGGAUUAAUAGGGCAAAGCAAAAAAUGCCUCACACGGGAGGAUCCAAAAGCAUUGCAACUUUGAUGGAUGAACUGGCCAAGGAUGGAAUCGAACCUUCACGAGCAGAGAUUUUUCUCAAAAUUCAUAGAAGGCGUAAGGAUGGUAGACCAUUGGAUGAGGAGUCUGCAAAAGCAGUGGAACUAAUUGAAGAGAAGUUGAAUAAUGGCGAGCUAUCUAAUGAAGAAUCUAUUAAUGGUGUUGCUUGGGAAGGAGAUAUUUAUUCUCAAGUAUUGGGAAGUGAUAGAAGUGGUUACGUACGUGGUUUAGGACUUGGUCCAACACCUUCUUUAUUGUGGGGUAAUAAAUCAUCUUAUGGUAAAUUUGUUUCAGAUGCUUUAGUAUGUUAUGGUGUUAUAGGAAUUGGCAUCACUAUAACUGCUGUGGGACUCAUAGUUGGUGGCUUUGUUGCACUGUUAGCCUAG